AUGGAACCAAUCCGAAGGCCAAAGCCGGGUGAAGAUGAAGAUACUCUUCUGGCUGCUCAGAAGGAAUUUCUGUUCAGAAAAGAGGCACCCUCUGCCCACGUGGCACCGAAGCCAGGUGGGACCAUUGAAGAUGUGGGUGAAAACGUGCGCAUUACUAGUCACGAAAGGCCUAACAAUGGUGAGGACAUCCUACAAGGAAGUGUCAGUGUCCUUGGAGAUGUGGUUGAACGGAAUGUGAAGAAUAGGACAGGUGAUGGUGAACUUGUUCAGUUGCUGCCAAUGGCUGUCAAGGAGGGGCAUGUUGAAGUUCCUUCACAAAAUAAACCAAGAAGCCUUUUUGCAUCUCAGAUGAAAAGAUCGAAAGCUCCCUUGAAUCAAAAACUGCUUGGUGAACUAGUUGUUGAAAGGGGCUUUUACCAAGCAAGUGUCAUAUUAGAUGGAAUGGGUCUGGAAAGAGGAAAGGAGGAUGCAGAGGCCAUUCAUCAGGAAAACAUAGAGAAAUUGAGUCAGAUGACUCGAGAAGAAAUUCUUCUAGAACAACAGAAACUGCUUGCUUCUAUAGAUCCAAAAAUUGUUAAUUUUCUGAGAGCCAAGAGGAAGCAAGUAUGCACUGUUGGCAUUGCUGAAUCAGGAAAGGAGGACUCAUGCAUCUCACAAGGCAGGAAGGUGGAGUUGAGUGAGGAGGUGACAGUGAAGGAAUUUCCCAAAGAUGAACUCCCCAUUGACCUAAAUGAGGCUUCUAGUCGUUGGAUUGGCAUGAGUAAGAUUGAGACCCAGAAGCUAGCAUGGAUGACAGAGCUGCCACUACCAAAACCAAUUGACUCAAGUAUGGGAUAUGUUGCUAGGUUCAACUUUGAAGGGGACUUGCUUCCUUAUGCCACCAAUGUACCUGUAACUCAGGGUCUUCACCACCAUGGUGAAGAACCAGAAAGAGCUGGAUACAGUCUUGAAGAAUUGUUCACCUUCAUUCGCUCCACUACUUUGCAGCAGAGAGUUCUGGGGCUAAAGAUGAUUGGCAAUAUCAUGAAAAAGUACAAGGAAGGAGCAUAUGAUGGUUGCUUCCAAGAAAAUCUCCUCAAGCAAGUCCUGGAUUCAGGGCUACUCUUCCUACUUCGAGUGCUCCUGGAUGAUAACACCUCAGCUGUGAUGGCUGCUUGUGUUCAUGCUCUUUAUCAUCUGAUUGCUUCUGAUCCUGAUGAAUUAUGCAUGGAUCAGAUGCUUGGUACAGUUUGGGGAUUAGAACAGCCAUCAUUAUUGUCGGAGCUGGAUCUGGAUCAGUCAAAAAGGAAGGAAUUUAUUAAGGAAGAAAGAGGCUUAAAGGAUGCAGAACUCCUACAACUGGAUGCCAUCCGUGCCCUUAUACGAAUGGAUAUUCUUCCCAGAGUCAGGUACAUGCUAGAUGUAUGCCAACCUGCUGCCAAAACAGUUGUUCAACUCCUAGGACUUUUGAUACGAAUGGUGAGACAUUCCGAUGAAGCUACAACUGCUAUCAUGGAUUGUCCCUACUUGAUGGAAACCAUUUUUCAGAAUUUUCUACCAUUGGACCCUUCCACUCUCUUUUCAGGAACAAAUAUGUCACAGCUAGCAACUGCAUAUGGGAUCCCAAUGAGAGAUGCCUUGAAGCUUGUGAGGUUGAUUGCAAGUCGCGGCAGGGGAAUUUGUUGUUCCCUUCUGUCACGUCAUAAUCUCAUGCAGCAUCUUCUGGCAUACAUGUCUUUUGAUCCCAGGGACUUUUAUCCAUUAUUAAUGAGGCAGCUACACUACUAUGAAGCCAAAGUUUCACUGAAUGAGAAGGUGAAAGAAAAUCAGUUCAACUUUUGUCAUGGAGCAGAGAUCUUCAACAUUUUGAAUGUUGCUGUUAAGAUAGCUCAAGAUCAAGAUGAACAGACAGAUGAGCCAUCACUCAGAUGGGAACAUGUGAAGGGGCUCAGAGAAAUGAUCAUUCCAUGUCUCAAAAAAUGGAUUGUUCAUCUUACAGUUGCAGACUCUCUUGUUCCUUUAACUUUCUCCAGAUUGAAACUUGUGUCUUCAUGCCUCUCACUUGCUGGAAAUUUCCUCAAGGAGGGACACAGACAGGGUGAGGAAGUGAUACAGGAGAUUGAAAAACUGACUAGCCAUUAUUUUGAUCCUUUCCUGAAGAGCAGUACUUGUGAGAGACUAAUGCAGGCACUUCUGGACACCUCAGUGGUUCUCAGUGAGUUACAACCUGGGACUUGUCGAGAUGCACCAAAUCUCCCAUCACUUGGAAGUGUGACUUUCUAUCAAGCAGUGACCCCUAUUAUGCAAGAAGAAGCUCCAUUUCUGUUUUGGUCCACAUUUACAGGAUUUCUACUUCACCUUUGGCAGUUUCAGGCAUCACAACUGUCAGUUGUACAGGUGACAAAGGGGUUCUUUGGUCAUCCUGGGUUGAAGAGGUACCUGACAGCAGUUGCUCAUCAUGAGCCCUUAUUGAAGGACCAUUGGUUUGCACGUUUGGAAUUCCACUUCUUAUCUCAAGUUCUCCUUCUUGACUCAAUUUAUGAUAAGGGUUUCCUCAAAAGGAGUUUGGUGCUCAACCUGGGCCUGAAACUAGCUAACUGGUUCCAAGUUGGGGAUGAGUAUCUCCUAUCCGAAGUAUUGACAUCUGUUGUCUUCAAUCCAUUUUAUAUCAUGUCUGAAAAUGAAGUUCAUCCUGUAAAUGAGCUUGUCAACCGUUUCCAUAACCGGCUGCCUAUGAUCAGAGAAACAAUGAUGAAGUCACUUCUGUCAGAUUCAAGCAUCAAGUUGUCCAAGUCCCGCAAAGACAUAAGAUCCCCUAAAGUGGAAACAUAUACAGUUCAGGGCUGUGGAAGUUCUGUUCUCCCUCGUGACUGGAUGUUCCUGCCACUGAUGAAACUUUACUCUGAUGCUAUGGAGAUGAAAAAAGCUAACCGCAGUGUGCAGUCAAAUGAAUCCACAGUUGAGCAAGUGAAGUCAGUUCUGCAAUGGAUUUAUCUUCUUGAAGAAUCUCAGUCCAAGUUCAUGCAUUCUUUGGAUGUUCAGAUAAGGAUAACCCGACUUACUUGUGUGUUUUUGGCUGCUGAUGAUCUCUUCUUGGAUGUGGGCAUUCAGGAGUUUCUUGAAAAGUGCUUCACAAAAGUUCUGAGAGAAGAAGUAGACUUCUCCAUACCUGUUCCUGGGCUUUCUUCUUUCUAUGACUUCUAUGUGCAGUUGGUAGAGCAGUUUGAAGGGGUAUCAUAUGGGAACCCUUUGUUUGGGAGUGUGAUCCUCUUGCCACUGAUGCAAAAUCAGGAUAUCAGCUUCAGGAAACUUCUAUGGGCUGAACAUGAUGAUGCCCUGGCACUCAUUACCACGUCGCUAGAUAAGCUGCUGGUUUCUAUCCAGAAGUUCCUUCAUCCAGUUGAGACAGAUGAGUCAUUGUUAUCAUGCUAUGCAAAAGCUAUUUUUUCUAGGAAGGUGGUGUUGGAGAAAAAUCCAGUUAUGUAUGUCAUUGCUUGUCAUCACCUUCACUACUUUCUUGUCUCUGAGAGCAAACAAUCUACUUUGAGAAUUCAGCUUAAGAAGCAAUUGCUCAGCCUCAAGAAUGAGGCAAGCCUUGAACCUUUCUCUGCUGCAGGGAAAGCUUCCCUUGGAACAGAGUUGAUUCGCUUUCUGUGA